CCUGCAACUCUUCUUUGUCUUAAAGAAGACGAAACAAUCUCUAAAGUCUUCCUUCCAUGGGAGUUAGCUUAAAGCGUUGAACCAAAUUAUUAGCAUAGAGAAAAAGAGAAGAACAACAACAACAAGAAGAAGCAUAAACAAAUUCUCAAUGUUCUUCGCUUUUGCUUGUGCAACCAUAGUCGUCACUGACUUGCUGGAUUCAGUCUAUGGCGUCAUCGUCCCGAACGCAUAGUAGUUCGCCGUAUUCUAACCGGAAAUCUGUUGCUUCUUCUUACUAUUCGAGUCCAUCACCGAGUUCUUUCACAAACGGGAAGAUGAUUCCUCGAUCUUGCUCGACUUCGGCGUCUUCGCACUAUGGAAUGAGUGGUGGAUUUGGUUCUAGAUCGAUGGUUCAUGGUCGAGGGGGGUCGGAUUCAAUGCACUAUGGAGGUGGAAGUUAUGGUGAUUGCUCGCCGGUUGGGUUUAUUUCCGAUGAUUUGAUUGCUGAGCCUGUGGAUGAGAUGAGGAAUGGGGAUAGCAUUUCUGUGACGAUUCGGUUUCGGCCUUUGAGCGAGAGGGAGUUUCUGAAAGGGGAUGAGAUUGCUUGGUAUGCGGAUGGGGAUAAGAUCGUGCGCAAUGAGUAUAAUCCAGCCACGGCCUAUGGAUUUGAUAGGGUGUUUGGACCAGAUACGACUUCACCGGAGGUGUAUGAAGUGGCGGCUAAACCAGUUGUAAAGUCAGCUAUGGAGGGUGUUAAUGGCACUGUAUUUGCUUACGGUGUGACAAGCAGUGGGAAGACACACACUAUGCAUGGAGAUCAAAACUCUCCAGGUAUCAUACCACUAGCUAUAAAAGAUGUUUUCAGCAUCAUCCAAGAUACUCCUGGAAGGGAAUUCUUGCUCCGUGUAUCUUACCUUGAAAUAUACAAUGAAGUGAUAAAUGAUUUGCUGGAUCCAACAGGUCAGAAUUUGCGUGUUAGGGAAGAUGCACAGGGCACUUAUGUUGAAGGUAUAAAGGAGGAAGUAGUUUUGUCUCCUGGCCAUGCUUUAUCAUUUAUAGCCGCUGGAGAAGAGCAUCGUCAUGUUGGAUCAAACAAUUUCAAUCUUUUCAGUAGCCGGAGUCACACCAUAUUUACACUGAUGAUUGAAAGUAGUGCACGUGGUGAUGAGUAUGACGGUGUCAUCUUCUCUCAACUUAAUUUGAUUGAUUUAGCUGGGUCCGAGAGCUCAAAGACCAAAACUACUGGACUGAGGAGAAAGGAAGGAGCCUAUAUAAACAAAAGCCUUUUGACUCUUGGAACAGUUAUUGGGAAAUUAAGCGAGGGAAAGGCAUCCCAUGUUCCUUAUCGAGACUCUAAGCUUACCCGUCUUCUACAAUCUUCACUCAGUGGGCAUGGACACGUUUCGCUUAUUUGCACAGUAACUCCUGCAUCCAGUAACAUGGAGGAAACUCACAAUACAUUGAAGUUUGCUAGCAGGGCCAAACGAGUUGAAAUCUAUGCUUCACGCAAUAAGAUAAUUGAUGAGAAAUCUUUGAUAAAGAAGUACCAGAGAGAAAUUUCAACCCUCAAGCAAGAACUUGAUCAGUUGAAGAGGGGGAUGCUUACUGGUGUUAAUCAUGAGGAGAUAAUGAAUUUGAGGCAACAGUUGGAAGAAGGUCAAGUAAAAAUGCAAUCAAGAUUAGAGGAGGAGGAAGAAGCCAAGGUUGCUCUCAUGAGUAGGAUUCAGAGGCUGACUAAACUCAUACUUGUCUCUUCUAAGAAUUCUAUUCCUGGAUGUUUGAGUGAUGUUCCUAGCCAUCAAAGGAACAAAUCUUCUUUUGAUGAUAAGUCGGAGGUCCCCCAAGGAUUGCUAUCCGAAAGUGAGAAUCAAAAUGAUUCAUCUUCAAUUGUACACUCAGAUUUCUCUUCAAUUCAGCUGAACGGGGAACCCUUACCAGCUGAUAGUGCAAUCACUGGAUCAACUAACGACGAGAUGACAUUGUCAGAUCAGAUGGAUCUGCUUGUCGAGCAAGUUAAGAUGCUUGCUGGAGAGAUUGCGUUUAAAACCAGCACACUGAAACGCUUGGUGGAGCAGUCUGUUGAUGAUCCUGAUGGUUCUAAAGUUCAAAUCCAGAACUUAGAACAUGAAAUUCAAGAAAAGAAGAGGCAAAUGAGGGCUUUGGAACAACGAAUUACUGAGGCUGGCGAGUCUUCAAUUUCUAGUGCAUCGAUGGUCGAAAUGCAGCAGACCAUUACAAGAUUAAUGACUCAGUGCAGUGAAAAGGAUUUUGAGCUGGAGAUCAAAACAGCGGACAAUCGUGUUCUUCAAGAGCAAUUGCAAAACAAGUGUGCAGAGAACAGAGAAUUACAGGAGAAAGUAGAAGUUUUAGAGCAACAGUUGGCUUCAGUUACUAGCAAUAAAUUGUCAAGUUCAUCUGAAAGUUGUCUUCCAGAAAAGUAUAUUGAAGAGUUCAAAAAGAAGAUUCAAUCGCAGGAGAUUGAGAAUGAGAAACUGAAAUUGGAAUCAGUUCACUUUUCAGAAGAGAUCAGUGGGUUGCAUGUACAGAAUCAAAAAUUGGCAGAAGAAGCUUCUUACGCAAAGGAGCUAGCCUCUGCUGCUGCUGUUGAGUUGAAGAAUUUAGCAGCUGAAGUCACCAAGCUUUCCUUACAAAAUGCAAAAUUAGAAAAGGAGUUAAUGAGUGCGCGAGAUUUGGCCCACUCUAAAAAUAAUCACAGUGGGAAUCGCAAGUACAAUGAUGGUUCGAGACCUGGACGGAAGGGAAGGCUCUCUGGCUGGUCUAAUGAUAUUUCAGCAGCAACCAGUGAUGAUUUUGACUCCUGGAAUCUUGAUCCAGAUGAUUUACAAAUGGAAUUUCACGCAAGGAAACAAAGAGAGGAAGCUCUGGAGGCUGCCUUAGCUGAAAAGGAACUUGUAGAAGAUGAUUACCGAAAGAAAAUGGAAGAAGCAAAAAAAAGGGAGGCAGCUCUUGAAAAUGAUUUAGCUAACAUGUGGGUACUGGUUGCUAAGUUGAAGAAAGAGGGUGGAGGUGGAGCUAUCUCAGAUGUUAAAAGUGAUGCAAGACAGAAUUCUGAAAUGGAAAAUGUUAUUGAUACAAAAAUGGACGAUAAUGAAACAGUAACCAUCUUUGAAGAAGAUGCCAAUCUUGUUGAUAAUUUGAAAAAACCCGAAGAAACUCGCGAGGAGGAACCAUUGGUUGUUCGCCUUAAGGCACGGAUGCAAGAGAUGAAGGAAAAGGAUCUCAAGUGUCUAGGAAAUGUAGAUACGAAUUCCCACAUGUGUAAAGUCUGUUUCGAAUUGCCAACUGCAGCAAUUCUUCUUCCAUGUCGACAUUUUUGUUUAUGUAAAUCUUGUUCACUUGCCUGUUCUGAGUGUCCAAUCUGUCGUACAAAGAUUGUAGAUAGACUCUUUGCAUUUACUUCUUGACAUGCUGUUAUAUGCCCUUUUCCUACAAGGAAAUUCAAUAUUUCAACUGUCGGCAAUCUAUGAUGUGAUGGAGGACGAGAUUCUUUUAUUAGUUUUGCUUAUAUGCAACUGUACAAAAGGUACAUAAUUAUUUAUUGUGUUCAAAUCUCUGAGAGAUGUAAAAUAAUACUUGAAGAGAAAGAUCAUAUUAAAGUAGUUAAGAAACUUCAAUUUUUCAACAUGGAAAGCUUUAUUGCUUAGUUUA